AUGGACGAGGCGGAGCGCCGGCCGCCGGCCGAGGCGGUGCAAGUGACCGACGACGGCCUGCUGCACAAGCUCACACUGCAGGAGGGGACGGGGGAGGUGCCUCCCAAGCACGCACGGUGCCUGGUGCACUAUGUGGGGCGGAUAGCGGAGACGGGGGAGGUGUUCAUGAACACGCGGGAGGAGAGCCACAACCAGGAGCCAGAGCUGCUGGUGGCAGGGCGGGACACGGCAUACCAGGAAUCGGGGCUGCACCUGGUGGUGGCCACGAUGCGGUGCGGCGAGACGUGCCGCGUGUGGGCGGCACCCAAGUACGGCUACGGAGAGAAGGGCAGCUUCUCCUUCCCCACCGUCCCGCCAAAUGCGGACCUCAUCUACGAGCUGGAGCUGCUGCAGUGUGAGCCCGCGGACGAGGGCAAGGAGCUGGGGAGCAUGACGUUUGAGGAGCGCAUGGAGGCGGCGGAGCGGCGGCGCCAGGACGGCAACGCGCUGUUCCGCGAGGAGCGGUUUGAGGAGGCGCUCGGCAAGUACAGGCUGUCGCUGUCCUACCUGAGCGAGGACCUGCUGAUGCAGCUGGGCGACUUCCACCUGCAGCUGGCCAUGGGCCUCAAGCGCCCCGUGCUGCUCAACAUCGCCGCCUGCCAGCUGCGCCAGCAGGACUACCACGGCGCGGUGGCCACGUGCGGCGAGGUGCUGCAGGAGGACCCGCAGAACGCUAAGGCGCUGUUCCGGCGCGGCAAGGCGCGGCGCACGCUGGGGCAGAGCGAGGCGGCGCUGAGGGACCUGGAGGCAGCACGGGCGGCGGCGCCGGGCGACGCUGCCGUGGCAAAAGAGCUGGCGACUGUGCGCAGGGACCUGCAGCAGGAGCGCACGGCGUCCAGCCAGGUGUUCAAGGGCUAUUUUGACAAGGCAAAGGCCGCGGGGGAUGUGCUGUACGACGAGCCGCCGCCGCCAGUCACGCCCGAGGCGUCGGCGUCGGUGGAGGCGGCGUCCUUUCUCCAGCGGCACAAGCUGGUGGCGCCGUUGCAGGGCCGCCGCGUGCUGCGCACUGCUGCCAUUGUCGCGGUGCUGGCGAUAGCCACGUACUGGUGCUGGGUUGCGGUGUCUGGCGCGCCCCCCAUCUUGUCCUGA